CGAGAGGCGUGAGCAGCGCUCCACAGCGCUUGUCAGAGAAAUGGAGCAGCGGCUUCUUUGUGGGCUGGUACAUCCCCCUCCUGGGUGCACAGCGGGGACAUUUGAUCUUCGGGGGUGAUUGAUAAGUGCGGGAGAGGGCCCUCCGUCCCGUCCUUCGCUCCCGCCUUUCCCUCUCUUCCCUCCAGAUCUUCUUUCCUCCUCCCUCUCGACUCCCUCCCUCUUUCCUGCCAGAAGCGCUGCCCUGGCGAGCUGCUCCAGUGGGGAUCUGCCUGCCUUGGGGACACCGCCCGCACACCCGCCUAUGCCCUGGCUCCCUGGCCACACUGGUCCUAGGCAGUGCCGGCUCCUGCGCCUCCCUGAGUCGCAGAUGCUGCGGGUGCCUCCAGGGGAAGAUCCUGGCGGCAGGAUCGCUCGGAUUUUUAAUUUAUGCACACCCUUCCCCCAACAAAAUUAAAGCAGCCAACAAAAAGCUGGGCAUCCCCUCUGGAAGUGGCGUCUUCUUUUACCUUGCUCUCCCUCUCUUCCUGAAGAUGCUAAACUCCUGGUGGACUGCAGAGGAGGGGGGUCCCGUCUUCUCCUGAUGUGUUUGCCUGUAGGUACCUGAGCUGACACUGAAGGUGCCUAAAGAUGCUGAGCGGCGUUUGGUUCCUCAGUGUGUUAACAGUGGCUGGGAUCUUACAGACGGAGAGUCGCAAAACUGCCAAAGACAUUUGCAAGAUCCGCUGCCUGUGCGAAGAGAAGGAAAAUGUACUGAAUAUUAACUGUGAAAACAAAGGAUUUACAACUGUCAGCCUGCUCCAGCCCCCCCAGUAUCGAAUCUAUCAGCUUUUUCUCAAUGGAAACCUCCUGACGAGAUUGUAUCCCAACGAAUUUGUCAAUUACUCCAACGCGGUGACUCUUCACCUAGGUAACAACGGACUGCAGGAGAUCCGAACCGGGGCAUUCAGCGGCCUGAAAACCCUCAAGAGACUGCACCUCAAUAACAACAAGCUGGAGGUAUUGCGGGAGGACACAUUCCUGGGCCUGGAGAGCCUGGAGUACCUCCAGGCCGACUACAAUUACAUCAGUGCCAUUGAGGCUGGGGCAUUCAGCAAACUUAAUAAACUCAAAGUGCUCAUCCUGAAUGACAACCUUCUGCUGUCGCUGCCCAGCAAUGUGUUUCGCUUUGUCCUGCUGACCCACUUAGACUUGAGGGGAAACAGGCUGAAAGUAAUGCCUUUUGCUGGUGUCCUUGAACAUAUCGGAGGAAUCAUGGAGAUUCAGCUGGAGGAAAACCCAUGGAAUUGCACUUGUGAUUUACUUCCUCUCAAGGCUUGGCUGGACACCAUAACUGUUUUCGUGGGGGAAAUUGUCUGUGAAACUCCUUUCAGGUUGCAUGGGAAAGAUGUGACCCAACUGACCAGGCAAGACCUCUGUCCCAGAAAAAGCAUUGGUGACUCUAGUCAGAGAGGCAGCCACCCUGAUACACAUGUGCAAAGGCUGUCGCCUACAAUGAAUCCUGCUCUCAACCCAACCAGGGCUCCUAAAGCCAGCCGGCCACCCAAAAUGAGAAAUCGUCCUACUCCCAGAGUAACUGUGUCAAAGGACAGGCAGAGUUUUGGGCCAAUCAUGGUAUACCAAACCAAGUCCCCUGUGCCCCUCACUUGCCCCAGUAGCUGUGUCUGCACCUGUCAGAGCUCAGACAAUGGUCUAAAUGUUAACUGCCAAGAAAGGAAGUUCACUAAUAUCUCUGACCUACAGCCCAAACCUACCAGUCCAAAGAAACUCUACCUAACAGGAAACUAUCUUCAAACUGUCUAUAAGAAUGACCUCUUAGAAUACAGUUCUUUGGAUUUGUUGCACUUAGGAAACAACAGAAUUGCAGUCAUUCAGGAAGGUGCCUUCACAAACCUGACCAGUUUACGCAGACUUUAUCUGAAUGGUAAUUACCUUGAAGUGCUGUAUCCUUCUAUGUUUGAUGGACUGCAGAGCUUGCAAUAUCUCUAUUUAGAGUACAAUGUCAUUAAAGAAAUUAAGCCGCUGACCUUUGAUGCUUUGAUUAACUUACAGCUCCUGUUCCUGAAUAAUAACCUGCUCCGGUCCUUACCAGAUAACAUAUUUGGGGGCACAGCCCUCACCAGGCUGAAUCUGAGAAACAACCAUUUUUCACACCUGCCCGUGAAAGGGGUUCUGGAUCAGCUUCCAGCUUUUAUACAAAUAGAUCUGCAAGAGAACCCAUGGGACUGCACCUGUGACAUCAUGGGGCUGAAGGACUGGACAGAACAUGCCAAUUCCCCAGUCAUCAUCAAUGAGGUGACUUGUGAGUCUCCUGCCAAGCAUGCAGGGGAGAUACUGAAAUUUCUGGGAAGGGAGGCUAUUUGUCCAGAUAGCCCAAACUUGUCAGAUGGGACCAUUUUGUCAAUGAAUCACAACACAGACACUCCUCGGUCACUUAGUGUGUCUCCUAGUUCCUAUCCUGAACUACACACAGAAGUACCACUGUCUGUCUUAAUUUUAGGAUUGCUUGUUGUUUUCAUCCUCUCUGUCUGUUUUGGGGCUGGUUUGUUUGUCUUUGUCCUGAAACGCAGGAAGGGAGUGCCAAGUGUUCCCAGGAGUGCCAACAACUUAGAUGUAAGUUCCUUCCAAUUACAGUAUGGGUCAUACAACACUGAGACUCAUGAUAAAACAGAUGGCCAUGUCUACAACUAUAUUCCCCCACCUGUGGGGCAGAUGUGCCAAAACCCCAUUUACAUGCAGAAAGAGGGAGACCCAGUAGCCUAUUACAGAAAUUUGCAAGAGUUCAACUAUGGCAACCUGGAGGAGAAAAAAGAAGAGCCAGCCACACUUGCUUACACAAUAAGUGCCACCGAAUUGCUGGAAAAGCAGGCCACACCAAGAGAGCCUGAGAUGCUCUAUCAAAAUAUUGCUGAGCGAGUCAAGGAACUCCCCAGCGCAGGCCUAGUCCAUUAUAACUUUUGUACCUUACCUAAAAGGCAGUUUGCCCCUUCAUAUGAAUCUCGACGCCAAAACCAAGACAGAAUCAAUAAAACCGUUUUAUAUGGAACUCCCAGAAAAUGCUUUGUGGGGCAGUCAAAGCCCGACCACCCUUUACUGCAAGCUAAGCCGCAAUCAGAACCAGACUACCUCGAAGUUCUGGAAAAACAAACUGCAAUCAGUCAGCUGUGAAGGGAAAUCAUUGACAACCCUAUGGUAUCAAAGGAUGCUGCUCCAAACUGUCGGAAGCACUGCAUUUGCUUUUGUGUUUGUUUGUGUUCUCCCUUUCCCAGUGUUAAUGGGGGACUUUGAUAAUGUUUGGGAGAUGGGGUGAAGCAAUGGUAUUGCUUUUGCAAGUUUUCCUUUAAAUUAUUUCUUUCUCACUCUUCCCCCACUUUCCCCCCUUUUCUUCUUAGGAACCAUCAGUGGACAUGAAUGUUUCUACAAUGCAUUUUUCAUAUAUUUUGUUUAUGGUUUUGUUUCUAUUUUCUUCUUUUUUCCAGUGUGGGAGUGGAAAGAGGAGAUUAUAGUUAAUAACGAAGAAUAGACAGACUUUUCAAAUGAAAAUGGAUAAUUAGUGUAUUUUUAGAAGAUCUCCAAAGAUCUUUUGGAACUAUAACUUCUUUUGUAAAUAAUGAUAUUUGGCGUUUCCAUCUUCAGUUACCAAGUAUAGCCACUGGGCAUCACUUCUUUGUGUUAAAGUGCCUUCGCACUUUAAGUACAUUACUUAAAUGUUGCUUUUAGCUUUGAUAAAUUGAACAUAUUUUAAUGUGUUGUAUUUUUAAAAUGAAAACACUGUAAAAUAGAUCUAUAUGUCAGCUAUAUUAAGUCAACGUACAGUUUGCUUGAGUUAUAGAAACCAGCCUGUCAUGAAAUGAUUCUAGUUUAGAACUUUAAAGACUUAACUGUAAAAUAUUUGCUUUCCUCUGGGUUUGUUUUAAGUGAUUUUAUUUAAGUCAACUAAGGGGAUUUAACAGUGGACUAGAGGUAAUAAGCCACCUCAGUUGGGAUUAGUGAUUCAUUAAUAAAAUAUAUUUAACCCAAUAUCAGAGUGAAUUGAACAAUUAAUGCCCUUCCAUAAGUCAUUAUUUUACACUAACAUGGUCAGUGUUUUAGAUUAUUUUCCUAAUUAAGAAUACAUUACACAACUUGUAAUAUAUUUUUUCUGCAUUAAAUUAGAUAUUUUUAUAUAUUUAAAUGAAAGAGUCUGUAUUUCUAACUUUUUAAUUGAAAUUAAUAUUUUUUCUGCCUACUGAAACAUUUUCUAUAAACACACACCAGUAGAGGCCGCCACACACCUCAUUUAACAAAGACGUAUGAGCCAUUAAAUACCUUGAAGGAAGACUUCAAAGGUGAGAUUAAAACUUCCCAAAUAAGUUCUCUGCAAAUUCAAGGCAGAAGAUAAAAAUGUACACAUUACUUUCUAUUUCUUUUAGGAUUAAAUUUAGACUCAGAAUUCUCAGUUUUCACAUUUUAUGACAAAGCAGCAUUUUCCUCCUGAGUUUAAUUGAAGCAUUAAUGGGGUGCUACCAAAUCAUGUACUAUUUGCAUCUCCAAAUCAAUUAGUAGUUACCUAAACCAUGAUAAUAAACUUCUUUUUCUCUUUUUGCCUUCUUUAGCCAUAUUUUACUUGAAAAUUUUCUUGUCUGCUUGAGCAAGCCUUUCAUUUUGUUCUUAGCAUUAAAAUGAUUUUAACUAAUCAAGUCUAUAUAACAUUUAUGAAGCCUUAUUAGCCUGUAAAUAAUUUGAGAUGCAAACAUUAUUGUGUGAUUUAAACAAACAGCCCUUCUUUACAACAAAAAAUAGUUUUGUUUUGUCUAUUGUAAAUCCUUAUGCAACUGGGAUGGUGAUCUGCAUAUAAAGUAGUCCAGCUUUUCAAUUCCUUAUUAAAGCAAGUGAUGGCGUCUGAAAGAAGCACACUGUUUCCUUUUCAUAAAUAGGUUACUGCACAUAAUAAUCCUUUAUUAUCAUGUGGAGAUUGAAGUGGAUCCUGAUAACUUACUUUUAAAGCUUUAAAAUGACUAAUAGUAUAUUGUUGGUCACUAUUAACAAUUCCUGCACUAGGCUUUCAAUUAGAAGUUACGUUAAUCGAAAUUGUUUGGAUUAAUAACCACUGGUGCAAAAUACUUUUUUAAACAAUAGAAGAUAAUUGUAUACAUACAUAAAUGUAAAGGGAAUUCAGGAAAAAUGUCCUUACAAUUUGAAAUCUCUGAAUAUGAAUAUCUAGAGUGAGAAGCUAACAUGUUCAUUCUUUGAUUAGAGAUCAAAAUUCCUGUUUAAAUCCACUAGCUCAAAGUUGAAAAUGGUGGGCUGAAAUGGUCUACAAGAAAGUUUAAUGUACAGAAAUUUUACAUUUCUCAGAGGAAAAGCUAGAGUAUUACAACAGUUGAAGUCGGAGAAAGCUCUUGGAUAUCACCUUGUCAUUGAAUUGCUUACAUAUAAAUUUGAAAAAUUCUUCUUGUGGUAUAAUAAUAAAUACAGAAUACAGAAGUAGGUAUAUUGGAAAGUUAUUAUGAAGACAAAUUAACAGAUAUUGUCUUUAAAUUAGUUUUUAGGCUUAACCAUAUGACUAGAGCUAUCGUCAUAGUAAUUUCACUUCUGUGUUUGUUAUUAUUCUCCUUAAAGUAAAUCCACUCCUAUAAAAUGCUAGUGUCCUUAGAAAAAUUCACUCAUUAAUCUUAAAGAAAGCUACUGUAACAUUCAUUUAGUUCCAUAAUAAGGCCUCCUGGAAGAACUCAAAUUCUUAAACUAUUUUGCUUAAAAAUUGUGAUUUAAUUCUUUAUUCUUAUGUUUCUUAGAUUCAUUCUUUAUUUACUUUAGGUUGUAAGACAAAAUCAUUUGAAUGUCAAGACUAUUUCAUCUAAAAACAUAAUACACCAUAUACUUUGAAGCUUUAUUUCCUACUAAUCAUAAAAGUUUGAGUUUUAUUAAUGUAUUUUCAUCUCCACUGACCAUAUUGUUUUGCUUUAUCCGUUCAAAUGCUUUCAAACAUAUUUUAUUUUAGGAUUUUCAUUUUUAUCUCCUUCAGCUGGAUUUUACUAUUUCCCUUUCACGUCAUAUGCAGCUUCUAAAGGGUGUGAGCUACAGCACAAAUGGUUCCAGCCAACAGAAUGCAGUUCCCAGGGCCCUGCCUGUAACAGAUCUAGAUGUCUGAACCUACAAUGGCAAAUGGUAAUUCCCUUUGAUUCUAGCUCUUAAUUAGUUUCUUUUACUGUUUCCAAGUAUACCUCUGGCUAAAUUUGUAUUGAAAUACUCAAAAGUUCCACUUCUCAGAAUGGACACCAUUGCCAAGAGUCUAAUUUGGUGUGGAUGGCCAACCUGUGUGCCUUGUUAGUUCCCUCCAGCAUUUGGUGAAUAAGGAAAUGACCCUUGAAUUUCCUCUUCUUUGUCAUCUCACCUCUAAGGUGACUUAAUUUUUCUAAAUGAUUCCAUGUUUUCAAGGGCUCCGUAUUUUAAGGUUUUACAUUUUUUACAACCAAUAAGAGAGGUUCUGUAAUUUUUUGGAUCCUAAAAUUUCAUUUUUAUUGUACACAUUCCAGAAACCUACUGGAUUGGAUUGCUAGAGUAAAGAAAAUCUUCCAGACAAUUCAAAACCAUUCGUUUCUUCAUCCACUCAUUCAUUCAAUAAAUGUUUCUUGAAUGCUUGCUUCCUAGGUGCCAGGCUCUAUGCUGUGUGUUGAGGGUACACAGAGAUACAGCAAGCAGGAAUUCUGCUGCCCCCACUCCACCCUCCUCAUCCCCCACUUCCACUGCUACCAAUCCCCCUCACCCUCACAGGAUCUUUCUCCCACCUGGCAAGGAGCUUAGUUCAAAUAAAGGAAAACUUUACCCGAAUGACAAUCACUCGGAGUAAACAGUGGAAACAAUAAUGCAAUGCAGAUGGAUGAGCUUUUAAAGAUGCAUCUGUGCAGUACAAUAUAAAAUCAAUAUAUCAUAAAUAGGCUGGCUAUAAUAUAGCCACUAUUAACAUCUCUUUGGAGUUAUACAGCUAAAAAAGAAAACAAAAAAGAAACCACCAAAAUAAAACAAAUUACUGCAAAAUUGGGCCCAAUACUAUGGCCUGAUGAUAGCUAUACAUUUGUGCUAUCUAAGAUCUAAUUUGUAAAGUUGACUACCAAGACUGUAAAUACAAAACCACAAACCUACUUAAUUUUUUUGGAAUAUUCAUGUUUUAGAAGCAAUAUUUAGUUUAUAUUUCUGUGGCUUAAAAGGUAAUGUUUUGAUUUAAGUGUCUUUUACCAAUACAAUAUUAAGACACUUAAUUGUGAGAGAGAAAAUUAAGUACUGUAUAUAGGUGUACUUUGCUUCUCACAAUGGUUGUGCAAAAAGUCAUGUGUAAAUUGAAGUUUUGUAAAUCCUUGUAUUUUAAUGCAUUAAGGGAGCUGUAAUUUAGAGGAAACUCGUGAAUCCUUUUAUAAAGAAGAAAAACAUUUUAUAAUACAAAUAACCACACUCUGAUUUAUCUGUUUUGUAUGUUUGGAUUUUCAAAAUCAACUUUGCUUAAAACAGAGCUCACGUGCAUAAUAAGAGUGUGUCUUGCCAGUGCUGCUUGUGCUACCAGUUUCUUGGUUGCUAAGGGCUUAUACUUGAAAGUCUGCUGCAGUUUCGUGUGAACUGAGCUAUCGAGUGAUUCUCUGAUGGCAAAGUAGCCUUCCUGAACAGUCCAAGUAGCCUACCCAUCUCAAUUCAAUUGAACACAGGACUCUUCUGCUCAGCAGCAUCUCCUCUCCCAGAUAUGACAAUAUCUCAUUGGAGGGUAGAAUGACUCCUGUAUUCACAUUCUACAAAGUGCUUAGAGUCACAGGUUUUAUAAUAAAUAUAUGUUAUUAUGUUAACAUAUUGAAUUGCAUGUGUGUUGGAAUUUUUUUAGCAGUAUUUUAGCUUGAAAGUACUUGUACAAAUACUGUUAGAUUUAGUUGCAAAUGAUUGUUCUCAAGUUAUUGGAAUAAAUGGCAAAUGAAAUAAGCUCUGGUGUAUAUAGACUUCUGUGCCAAAUAGAAACAUUGUUUAAGAAAAUAAAUGUCAUAUUUUGGACUGUUAAUAGGCAAAAUGAAAUAUUGGAAAUGUGAUCAAAUGAUAUUGUAUUUUAUUGGAUAAACUGUUUACACAGUUAUUUCAUGCUGUAGUUAGAUUCAGUUAAUAAAUAAAUAUUCACUAAAAAUGAACAUUUGAAUUAGUUA